AUGGUCAACAUUACGGAGAAGAUCAAGGAGAUUGAGGAGGAAAUGAGAAAGACUCAGAAAAACAAAGCCACCGAAUACCAUCUUGGUCUUUUAAAAGGUAAACUUGCUCGUCUGCGUGCACAGCUUCUUGAACCGGGCCCUGGUAGUGGCGGCGGUCCAGGUGCAGGCUUCGAUGUUAGCAAGAGUGGUGAUGCGCGUAUAGCACUGGUUGGCUUUCCAUCAGUCGGUAAAUCGACAUUCUUAUCCAAGGUCACAAAAACAAAAUCCGAAGCUGCUUCGUAUGCUUUCACGACAUUGACGGCCAUUCCCGGUGUCCUCGAAUACGGCGGUGCUGAGAUUCAACUCCUCGAUUUGCCUGGUAUUAUUGAAGGUGCCUCCGAAGGCAAAGGUCGUGGUCGACAGGUUAUUUCGGCAGCUAAGACAAGUGAUUUGAUUCUCAUGAUCUUGGAUGCUACCAAGAAGGCUGAGCAGCGCGCCCUGCUCGAGGCCGAAUUAGAGGCUGUCGGCAUCCGUCUGAACCGCGAUCCUCCCAACAUUUAUCUUAAAGCCAAGACCGCCGGUGGCAUGAAGAUUACGUUCCAGACACCGCCUAAAUACCUCGACGAAAAGAUGUUGUACAACAUUCUUCGCGACUACAAGAUUCUCAACUGCGAGGUCCUCGUUCGCGACGAAAACGCUACAGUAGAUGACUUCAUCGACGUCAUCAUGAAGGACCAUCGCAAAUACAUCAAAUGCCUCUACGUAUACAACAAGAUUGACAGCGUUUCCCUCGACUUCCUCGACAAUCUGGCUCGUGAACCCCAAACUGUGGUGAUGAGCUGUGAGCUGGAUCUUGGUGUGCAAGACGUUAUUGACCGCUGCUGGGACGAAUUACGCCUGAUUCGAAUCUACACGAAGAGAAAGGGUAUCGAGCCUGACUUCAGUGAGGCGCUCAUUGUGCGAAGCAAUAGCACCAUUGAGGAUGUGUGUGAUCGCAUUCACAGAACAUUAAAGGACACCUUCAAGUAUGCACUUGUAUGGGGAGCCAGCGCACGACACGUUCCGCAAAGAGUUGGUCUAGGACAUCCUGUUGCUGAUGAGGAUGUUGUGUAUAUCAUGAGCGCAUGGCGAGCAUAG